UUCACUUUCUGGUGCCUCUAAGGCGGGAGUGAAAUUGGCCAUGACUUGGGACUGACUAGAGGAAAGUUGUUCUUUGUAGAGUGUAUCGUGAUGCCGUAUUCUCCUUUGCAGACAGCAUAAGCCUGUCGUUGGCUGUUGACAGUUUUAGUUUAUAUAGAGCCCUGGGGUUAAAAGCCUGCAUUCCUCUGAAUACUGCAGCCAAAGAAAAAGGGAGGAUUGGUAGCUCGGUAAACUGCUUGUGGGCUUCCCUGGAGCAUGGGUUUGGGCUUUGUAAACUCAUGGCUUGAUCUAACAGAACUUAUUUUAAAACUUAACUUUCUUUAACUUCCUCAACCACAUUUUCUAUAGACAGUUUCUAUAGAUUCUCCCCCAUGUAUGCACACAUUUAAUUAUCCUUGAUUUCAGAAUGUGGUAGACAUUAAGGCCUAUGUUUGGAAUGCUUAAAUGAUCUUGUUUGACAAUUGUCUUCAAAGUCUAGCUUCUCAAAACAGGUGAAGGCCCACAAGAUGAGAUUGGGAGAAAGGUGGAGAUGGAAUGCAGAUUUCCAGGAAAGAAAAGGAAUUUGCAGCAUAUAGUCUAGCACUGCUAUGUAGAAUUCAUGGAUUGCCUAUUUUUGAAUAAUUAGGCUUUUGCUAGAAUGGAAGAAUCUCACUUCAACUCCUCACCGUAUUUCUGGCCAGCAGUGCCCACAGUCUCGGGACAGAUUGACAACAGUAUGUUCAUUAACAAGAUGAAGGAACAGCUGUUGCCCUCAGAAAAGGGCUGUGGUCUGGCUCCUCCUCACUAUCCUACUUUACUGACUGUACCCACUUCUGUGGCCCUUCCCACCAACAUUUCUAUGGAUUCUGACACGAAGCCAGAACAGCUUACCCCACCCAGCCAGGCUUCAGUAACACAGAACAUCACAGUGGUACCUGUGCAGUCUACUGGGCUCAUGACAACAGGGCCUGGUCUAGUAAUAACUUCUCCCUCUGGAUCCCUGGUGACCACAGCCUCUUCUGUGCAAACCUUUCCCAUUUCUGCACCCAUGAUUGUCUCAGCUCUUCCUCCUGGUUCCCAGGCAGCUCUCCAAGUAGUACCUGACCUUUCUAAGAAGGGGACUGCCCUUGCAGAGGGUGGGGCAGUGAGUGCUGCUGGAAGUAUAACCCCCAAAGCUCCUCGGGGAAGAAAAAAGAAGCGGCUGCAGGAAACUGGCCUGCCGGAGAUGAGUGAUCCUUUUGUUUUACCGAAUGAAGAUGAAGAAGACCAGCACAAAGAUGGCAAGACAUACAGGUGCCGGAUGUGUUCCCUGACAUUUUACUCCAAGUCAGAAAUGCAGAUCCACUCCAAGUCCCACACCGAGGCAAAGCCGCACAAGUGCCCUCACUGCUCCAAGAGUUUUGCGAACAGCUCCUACCUGGCCCAGCAUAUACGCAUCCAUUCAGGGGCUAAGCCCUACACCUGCAGCUACUGCCAGAAAGCCUUCCGCCAACUCUCACAUCUACAGCAGCACACACGGAUCCACUCCAAGCUCCACACGGCGAUUGUCAAGCCACACAAGUGCCCUCACUGCUCCAAGAGCUUCGCCAACACGUCCUACCUGGCCCAGCACCUCCGCAUCCAUUCGGGGGUCAAACCCUACACGUGCCGUUACUGCCAGAAGGCGUUCCGCCAGCUCUCCCACCUACAGCAGCACACACGGAUUCAUACUGGAGAUCGGCCCUAUAAAUGUGCUCACCCUGGCUGUGAAAAGGCUUUCACGCAACUUUCAAAUUUGCAGUCCCACAGAAGGCAGCACAACAAAGACAAACCCUUCAAGUGCCACAAUUGCCACCGAGCAUACACAGAUGCCACCUCGUUGGAGGUUCAUCUAGCCACUCACACAGUGAAGCAUGCCAAGAUUUACAACUGCUCCAUGUGCAAUCGGGCCUAUACCUCGGAAACAUAUCUAAUGAAACAUAUGCGGAAACACAACAUCCCUGACCCCCAGCAGCAGGUGGCUGUGGUCCAAGCGCAAGUCCAGGCUCAGUCACAGGCAUCGCAACAGCAGCAGCAGCAACAGCAGCAGCAGCAGCACUUCCAAGCACAGGGCGGUGGAGCAGCGGGGGGUCCAUCCGGAGACAACCCGCCCAACCCCCCCCCACAGUGUUCUUUUGACCUUAUCCCUUAUAAAACUUCGGAGCACCACAAAGACAUCUGUCUCACGGUUAGCACCAGCACCAUCCAAGUGGAGCACCUUUCCAGCUCUUAGAGACCUUGGCUGAAGAGGGGAGUGGAAAACUUCUCCUGCAUCAUCUGUGCCCAAGGGCAGUUCUUUUGUGAUGGCCUCUCCUCAUGCAGCAGCUUAUGACAGCUUCCCCUUGGGGGGAGGGAAAUGGGGAUUAUAUCUAUUUAGUGGCCACUCCUUGGCUUUACCAUUAGUGCCUCAAGAGGCACAACCUCCCCCUGUAAACGGGGGACAAAACUCUCUUUGUGCAAGAAGAGGGCUCCUCCCUUUCAGCAAGCCUCUCUUGUUCAUUAAGGGAAACCCCAGCUUUCUCUCUCACUUGAUAAGGUAUCCAGCAGAGAUGAGAAAUGAGGGGAUACCAGUGGAUGAAAGGAGCUUCAGCAGUGACUGAUUGCAGGUGAAUGAGGGCAUGCAACUGGGAGUCUUCCAAAGAUUCCCUUUGAGUGUAGACUGGAGAACGUUUGCGCGUUUUGCCGCUCCCUUCCCCCACCCCCUUUCCCAUGAGCUGGAGGGAGGGGGGAAGAAUGGUUGCUCCUGUUCUAGGCAUCAAAUGUUACUCGGCUUACAAAACCAUGAAGAUAAUGGGAUGUUGCUGGUGACUGACAUCUGUGUCUGCAUAAACCAUAACUGUAGGGUGCUGUGGAGGGGGGGGGUGCCUAAUCUUUUCCCAGCCAACUUCAGGAAGAAUUAGUGAGGGAUGGGAAGGUGGGUACUGCAGCUUAGAAACUUUUGUGGUUUAACUUCCACCAUAACGUUAAGUCUGCUGCAGGCAUCAAGUCUAAACCAAAAAAAAAAAUCGCCUAGUGGUAAGAGUGCCAAAAUGAGCCCUCCCCCCAGGAGAGAGCUGAGGAUUGUUUUUUUGUCUUCACUCCCCUCCCACCCCUUUUCCCCAUAAAUGCAUUCUGGAACCCAAGGCUCAAAGGAGGUCUUUGGGGGAAGCCCCUGGGGAAGGGAACUGUUGAGCUACUUCUCUCUACGGUCCAGAUGCUUCCUUCACUCUCCUUAUUACCAAGCCAGACUGGAAAUGAGAUGGCUGUAGUGUGGUGACACUUGGAGAGCAAGAAUCAGAGGAAUCUUCCAGGGGGUGAACAGUGGAGAAGAGGAGAUGGUGGAAACAGUCACUCCUGCACUGCACAGAGAGACCAAUUAGAAGGGAAAAAUUCCCAAGCAACAGACUCGAGCCCUCUCCCCACUUGAAUUUAUAUAUAAAUAUAUAUAUAUAAAUCUAUAUACAGAUAGUUGGAUAGAUAUAUCUAUUCACACCUCAACCCCAUCCAGCCUGCUCUGUCCUUGCUGUAACUGUUUCUAUCCGUGUUUAUAAAACUGCAUUAUCCUUGCACACUUUUAUUUUCAGUCCUUGAUUUUUAUCCCUCAUACUCAGUUGCUAUCUUCAUCUUCAGAGUAUUUCCCCCUUCUUGCUUUAACCUUGUAGUUUCCUGUUCCAUCAUUUCAAUAUUCUGGUUAUCACUUGGCCCACGGAGGCACAAAAAGAGGCCCCCAAACCUGAUUGAGUUUUAAGUGAAAUGUCUCUAGUAGGCCUGCAAAUACUGUAGAUUAAGGGGUGGAAGAACUUUUAUUUUCGAAUAUUGGUGCAUAAAAACAAAUCAGUUCAGGUGCCUUUCCAUACAAAUGAAGAUUCUGCCCAUUGUUAGCAGUAGAUGGAUACCCAAGGCAAGUAUAUUGAGGUUUGCUUGUUCUUCCCUCAGUCAUGAGAGAGCAGACUGCCUUCUGCGCGAACUGCACUGCUUUCUUGUGUGCUAAAAGCAGUGUUAUGUGAAGACAAACUCGUAAGUGACUUGAUAAUCCCACACAUUUGGGAUGGACCAGGACUGAUGGAUGUUCCUCUUCCCUGCCUCCCCCCUCCAGCCCACACGAAGUCCUACUGAAAUCUAAAAGGUGCAUAAACAUUUCAAGAUUGUGCUUUGGCUGCAGGGAUUAUGGUGAACUUGAGUGUGUGUGUGCGUGUGUGUGCUGUUUCUAUGUUGGGCAUGGGUAUGAAUUUUGUGUGUGCAUGUGUCCCUGCACUUUGUGUACAUGCACGUCUGGCAAAAUCCUGCACUUCCUUUCCCUCAGGGUAUGAAUUUUCUGGACCACAUAACACGUCCAUGAUCAUUGUUACAAGCAUUGUAAGAGCUACAAGAGUUGUCUCUUGUUUUCUGAGAACAAGGCUGACAGAAUGAUGAGUGUGAGCAGACCUGUAUUUGGGGCUGUAACUGGUGGUUGUGUGCUAAUUUAUCUAGCUUGUGUACACUUGGCAGAACAUCCUCACAGUCAUGAGAGACAUAGAUGAUUUUUUUUCCAGAAGCUUCCUUAUUUGUAACCAGUUUAAUGGCUUGAAGGGCCAUGUAAAAUAAAACAGGAAGGGUUCUUUUCCUGACAGGGCAGUAAAGAGGCUAAGGUUGUGGGCAGGCAAUAACUUUUUAUGAAUCUGUACUGAGAACACUGCUGAUACUGAUGGUACACAUAAUCUGUACACCUUUUCUAGUUAUGUCCUCUGGUUAACAGGUUGCCCCUGCACAAGAGAAUGCAUGUACAAUGUAUAUUGGUGUGGACGUAGGAAUUACAGAGUCAAAGAGGCUGACCAGGUGAGGAAUAUAACAGUAGCUUGCCUAUGUGGGAAGAGACUUUUCCUUUCGCCUAUGUCUUACAUGCAGUUUUUUGGAUCAGUAUUCUGACUUCUAAGCUACUCCAGAGAGAAGAGAUAAAAAAAUGAAGCUUGAGUGAGAGAAUUCCAGAGAUUUCCUUAUGGUGGUAGAGAAAGCAUUUUCCCACAGAUGCAGUGUUAAAGCUAACCAGUAGAGACACACCAAGUCAAGAAAUGCCAAAUGAUGUUGAGGCAUUGGGCAAUGUUUGUGCUUUCCUCAAUAUUUUUCCAUCUUCAGUGAAGAGGACAGUCACUGAAUGUUAAGGAGACAAUUCUGUUUGCUCUUACCUUUUCAAAUUGCCACAUUAGUUCAGUGUGGGUAACUUUCAGCUGUUCUUAAGAAUCUUUCAUAUUGCGUUUCCCAGAGGGGGGGGGGUAUUUUAAAUUUCCAACCUUAAUAUUGCAUUAGAACUUUUUGUAUUUAAUUUCAUUACUUUUUUUAAAGAAUAAAUUCCAAAAGCCCUCUUAAUGUUAAUGAAACUUUGUGUGUGUGGUUAAGUUCUCUACCAAUUAAGCAUGAUAGUAAUGUGGUUAUAAGUGAAGCAUCCUCUAUGUUCAAAGCUUAUUAGAAAUUUUUAAAAUAUACGCUGUUCAGGCCCACAUAUUUUCCUGAAGACUGGAUGGCCAGGUCUUUGUUCACAUUAUUAACUAUUUCCCUUUUGCCCUUCCCCUUUGUACUACUUCCAAAGUAGGAGUGACUUUAUUGUCAGAUUAAUGCUACUCUCUGCUGUGUAUGUGGAUGCUCUGUUCUCUGAUCUCUUUUGUUGCCCGGAUCAAAUAUCUUGAUUCUCUCCUCUUGCCUUUUCCCCCUUGAACUUGUCUUUUGCCCAUCCACCAGAGAACCAUGGAUUUAUGGGUGUUUCGCUAUUUCCUGGGAAGCACCCAGGUCUGUAUGGAUCUUGUGAUAAUUAAGAUUAUGGAUCUGAGUGGCCAGAACUCAGAAAUGCUCUGGGUGGCCAGAAUUCAGCCCAUAUGUUGUAUACUUCAUAAUUGUGUUGCCCUUUCAUAUUUCUACAUCAAGGACGGUUCACCAAAUAGAUUAAAUCAACAGAUGUAACAGCUGAAACUUACUACUGUACAGAUUCAGAUGAAACGAACUAGAGAAAAUAGCGGCAGUAGAAAUGACACGUUCAAGUCAUAUUUUUAAAGUUGGGCAAUAAAAACAUCUUUGUCUAG